AUUCAGCAUACGCAACGCUGUCAAAAUAAAAAAUACGGAGCUGGCUGAUCUGAAAGUCCCCCUUACAGAAAGUUAAAAUAAUAAUUUUGUAUGUGUUUGUUUACUUUUAAAGAAAUAUCAGUUUGAAUUCCUAAUUCAUAAAGAAUUGAACUUAUAAUCGUAAUCACUUAUCCAUAUGGAGUCUAAACUAAAAGAGUACCGUGCUAUUCGAAGGAGGAAAGAAAUAAUUGAUAACGCAAAAGAAAAGCUAGAGAAUUCCAAAAAUAAAAUUGUAAACUUUUUCAUUCCUGAAACCAUUAGAAAUAUGGAAAAAAAUGAUCAACAAAACGAGGACGAGGUUUUAUUAUUGGAAAACGAACACCAAAAACCAACCUCACAAAGCCUUAUUAUGGAGGAAUCAGUGGAUACAUCAGAAAUAAGUGAAAAUGGCUCAAUAAUAGAUGAAAAACAAGAGUCCUGGAAAUAUUUCACAGUAAAAUGGUCUAUUUAUAUCAUAGUUUGGGUCACCUUGUACAUAAUCUUCUUGAAACUGCAAUUUGGUGCAGUAUUUUUCGUUAUAUCUAUUUUAAUUGGUAUAUGUCUAAAUACUAGGACGAGGCCUAAAAAGAAGGGUGAAGUAUCAGCGUACAGUGUGUUUAACGAGAACUGUGUGAGUAUAGAUGGUACUUUGAAAGCAGAACAGUUUGAAAAGGAAAUAAUGUAUGGGGCAGGUGGUAUGAGAGCAUUUUAAUAAGAAAAAAAUUGAUAUAUUCUGAAAAAAACAUGUAAUUUAUAAAUAUUUAUGGCAUUAUUUAAAAAUGUUUAGUGAGUGCUUAGCUAAUCACUGUUUUCUCUUUCAUCAUUAAUUUGAUAUUUGAAAGAAGAUCAACAUAGACACAGCUUUAACUAAACACUCCCUUAACAACAUUUAUUGUGAAGCAGUAAUAUAUUAUGGCUUAAGCCAAAUAAAACUAGAGUCUUCUAUCUAGUUUUAUCUAUCUUAAAAUAAAAUAUCACUAAUUUAUAUUUCUCUUUAAAAGUUUUUUUUUUAUAGAAUAGGAAGGCGGUUUUAUAGAAUGGUGGUGCAUUGGUGAUGUAACCAUCGCUUACAUCACCAAUGCACCACCACCCUUGGGAACUAAGAUGUUCUUUCCCUUGUGCCUGUAAUUACACUGACUCACUCACCCUUCAAACCAGAACAAAACAAUACCAAGUUCUGCUGUUUUGCCGUAGAAUAUCUGAUGAGCGGGUGGUACCUACCCAGAAGAGCUUGCACAAAGCUCUAUCACCAGUAAAGAUGUGUCAAAUAUGAAGUUAAACCUAUAUUAACUAGUUUUAUUUUAAUGAUAAUAUUUAAAGUGUAAUGCAGUUCAUGAUUUAAGUGUAAAAUGUGUAUUUUUAUUUAUAUACUGAUACUACAAAUGUAUACUGGCAAACAAGCUUUCUUAUAGUAGGAUUUUGUUGCCAGUGUACAUUGACACUAAAAAAUAUUCCAUUCCCGAAAGCAAACACCAACUUGCUACUGUACCUGCAACUUGUAUCUGGGAUUUAAGAUCCUUUACAUGUAUUAACUGUACACUAUAAGUGAAACAAAUUAAUAUUAUAACAAAAGUAAAUGGGUAGGUUGUACUACCAACCUAGAUUUAUUUAACACUAUUAAUAUAUCAGGAAUUAAUUUAUUAUGACAAGUUGUUUUACAUUAAUGAUGAAGUAAUUUUUUGUCAAUUUAAUAUAAUUUAUAGUGCAAGUAAUCUUUAAAUAAAUUUGACCAACGCCAUGCCCAGCACAUUUUUUUACGAGCUAUUUAAAGUCUCUAGAAGCGCCUAUGUAAAGAUGUUACCCUCACUAAAAAUGAUUGUAGAAAACCAUGAGCUAUAGUAAAUUAUUAUUCACCAUUACUUCAUCAAGAAUCUUCUAAAUAUAUAAAAAAACUUAUUACAUUGUUAAUGUGAAAAAAUAUUUAUCAUUUAAAUAGGUUUUUAGGACAGAUUCAUUAUAGGUGAAUAUUAUGUAUAAAUCAAUGUGAUAAUUAUUUA